UUUGUUUAUUCGCGGAAAGCAGUGUGUGAUGAAAACGUGUUAGCAAGUAACUCCCUUUCUGCUAAUAACAAUCAAAUGAAACCGAUUGGGACCUUGAAUCACAGCGUGGACUGUUUUCUCUCUUUUUUAUAGAAGGGAGGGGGGGACGCGUUCCGCCGGUGCCAUUUACGCACGGAACAUACCAGCGCAACGCUGCGUUUUAGCGCACCGGCCGCCUCGCUGAAAACUCUUCAGAGAGUAGCCUUUCCAGCACAACAAGAGCUGAAUUACAACCAUCUUAAUGCGAGAGAGGAGCGAGGACAUCCGAAGUGUAGAGAGAAGAAAGUUGGUGGGAGAUCGCGGAGGUCUUCAUCUGCAGGAGAGGAAAAAGCAAAGAAAGAAAAACUGUGAUCGCCGUUUAAUCAUUGUGAGAGAUUGAAAGAUACUGUCGCAGGAAUGGACUCGAGACGCUGACAUUCCCCUGUAGUAGUCAAGAUAAGCUUUUGGCUUGGCUAUAACAGAAGGGGUUAACUCAAAUCUAGAGGGAGUGUGGAAACCCAGCCUUUCUUCUCCAUACGGAUCAACUCAUUGGGUGGGAGCUGAGAGAGAGACAAGAGUCCCCAGCAAAUCAGGAGCUAAUUGAUUAAAGAGACUUCAUUUGAAUAGGAGGGGGGCUGGCGAGGUGCCAAUCGCCUUUCAAAGAAGCCCCCCCUCCCUCCCUUCCCCCGUAUGAUUAAUCGCAGAGCAUUAUUGAUAAUCAUAACGGGGCACAUGCGCGGUGGAUGGGCUCGAUUUACGUAAUUUUUGAGGAGGUUUUGUAGUCAUUUUUUUAUUCUUUGCCUGCUGAUGUGCCAGCCAGCAUGUCGCGGAGGAAACAAGCGAAGCCGCAACACUUCCAGUCCGACCCUCAUCUGCCUCUAUCAGAGCACAAUGGGGACACAGAACUUUGCUCCGAGGAACCCCCCUGCAAGGAGUCAGACGCCCAUGUCUGUAGCAGAUGUUGUGCUGAAUUCUUUGAACUUUCAGAUUUUGAGGAGCACCAGAAAAAUUGCACUAAGAAUCAGUUAGUUCUGAUUGUGAAUGAAAAUCCUGCCUCCCCUACCGGAACUUUCUCACCCGGGUCUCCUCCCCUUAAUGCUGAUGAUCCGAUGAAUGACACAGCUAAUAACACUGAUCAAACAGAGUGCAGUGACCUUUUGGAGCCCAACACUCUUGAAAAAGACGAAUCCAUGGAUGUGGAUGUUUCCGGAACGAGCAGUGGUCAUGAAGAGGAAGGCAGUCAAAUGGAGGGCAGGAGCCCCAUUAAUACUGCCAGCAGCCAUGCAGGCAGGGGCACCGCUGGCCCUGCAGUAGGUACUCCAGCUAUUUCUGCCUCUCUACCUCAGCUCAGUAACCUAACUGAACUGGGGAACUUCUCCAUGAUCAACAGCAAUGUCAUAAUUGAAAAUCUACAGAGCACCAAAGUGGCUGUAGCUCAAUUCUCGCAGGAAGCCCGGUCCACUGGGGGCCCCAGAGUGGCAGUGCCAGCUCUGAUGGAGCAGCUUUUAGCCCUGCAACAACAGCAGAUCCACCAGCUGCAGCUUAUUGAGCAAAUUCGCCAUCAAAUACUGCUACUAGCUUCCCAGUCACCGGAAAUGCAGGUACCCCCAACUACUCCUCCAGGCACAAUGGGGCCUGCUGCCAGCCCACUGACCACACUCAGCUCACAUCUCUCCCAACAGCUGGCUGCAGCCGCAGGUCUGGCGCAGAACCUGGCGAGUCAGUCAGCAAGUAUAAGCAGCCUAAAGCAGCUGGCUGCAGCAGCACAGCUACCUCAACCCAAACCAAGCAGCAGUGAAACAUCUCAGAGCAUAACCACACUGGGACCAUCGACAGUCAAUCCCCAGUCCGCUGACAAGAGGCCUGGUGUUAUGAGUAGCCUCCAAUCUCAGCUAAGCAACUCCGUGGUCGCUAAGUCAUCAACGCCAGCAUUUGGAAUAGGUAGCUUGCUAAGUUCUGCAGUGAAUCCCCUUCUACCUCAGCCCCCACCUGGUAACCCCCUGUUUUCUAGUUCUCUGCCGAGUGUUGGUACCACCGUGGAGGACCUCAACUCUUUAGCAGUCCUCGCCCAGCAACGGAAAGGAAAGCCGCCAAAUGUCACUUCAUUUGAGCACAAGAGCAGCUCUGACGAUGCUUUCUUUAAACAUAAGUGCAGGUUUUGUGGCAAGGUGUUUGGUAGCGACAGUGCCUUGCAGAUCCACCUGCGCUCUCACACUGGCGAGAGGCCAUACAAGUGUAAUAUCUGUGGCAACCGCUUCUCCACCCGUGGUAACCUGAAGGUGCAUUUUCAGCGUCAUAAAGAAAAGUACCCACACAUCCAGAUGAACCCCUAUCCUGUCCCAGAGCAUCUAGACAACAUACCAACGAGCACCGGCAUUCCAUACGGCAUGUCUAUGCCCCCCGAGAAACCUGUCACCAGCUGGCUGGACAGCAAACCAGUUUUGCCCACUCUGACGUCCUCAGUUGGCAUGUUGCUGCCACCAACCAUACCAAGCCUGCCCCAUUUUAUCAAAAAGGAAGACCAUUCAAUAGCCAUAACUAGCCCUUCUGUUACUGCAAAGAAUGACUCAGGUCCUGCGGAGCCUUCAGCUAAAAGUAAUGAUGGAGUGUCCGAAGAAGGUGAAGGUGCAACUUUGCCUACCUCAAAUGGAAAAAAUGAAGAAGGUAGCCACUCCUCAGGCUUAAUGACAAAUGUGAGCUCUGUCCCGGAGAGCUGUAUUGAGUAUACAACAUCUAACAGUCCACCCAUGAUGACCAAUCCACUCAUGCCUCUUUUGACUGAUCAGUUCAAGGCUAAGUUUCCCUUUGGAGGCAUUCUGGAUCCCCUCCAGGGGUCAGAGACCUCCAAGCUGCAGCAACUUGUGGAAAACAUUGACAGGAAGGUGACAGACCCAAAUGAAUGUGUGAUCUGCCACCGGGUGCUGAGCUGCCAAAGUGCUCUGAAAAUGCACUAUCGCACUCACACAGGUGAAAGGCCCUUCAAGUGUAAAAUAUGUGGCAGAGCGUUUACCACCAAGGGAAAUCUUAAGACCCACUAUAGCGUCCAUAGAGCCAUGCCCCCUCUUAGAGUUCAACACUCCUGCCCUAUUUGUCAGAAGAAGUUCACAAAUGCUGUGGUUCUUCAGCAACAUAUCCGCAUGCACAUGGGUGGGCAGAUCCCCAACACACCUCUACCAGAGAGUUAUCCAGAGUCCAUGGCUUCUGACACUGGCUCGUUUGAGGAGAGAAACUUUGAUGAUAUGGACAACUUCUCCGAUGACAACAUGGAAGGGAUGGAAGGGAUGGAAGGGAUGGAAGGGAUGGAAGGGAUGGAAGGGAUGGAAGACGGUCCGGACAGCAGUGUGCCAGACACACCAAGGUCGGUCGAUGCUUACCAGGACAGUCUUUGUAACUCCCCAGCUCCCCCUGAAAUGGCUGGUCAGGAGGGGCAGGAGAAGAAUGGCCACAAUAAUCCCCAAAAUAAUGAAACGGAGCAGGUCCCGAUCAGCCAGAUGAAGGUCAUUGCAAAUGGUUUAAUUGAAGGGGAUUGCCUCACCAAUGACUCUUCAUCUCUAGGAGGGGAUGUUGAAAGCCAGAGCGCCGGGAGUCCAGCUGUGUCAGAAUCUACCUCCUCCAUGCAGGCACCAUCCCCCAGUAACAUGCAGUUCCAACCACAUAAAUCCCCCAGCUUUGAGGAAAGGCACCAGAGGGCCUUAUCCUUUGACCAUCCCAGUGCAAACUUCUUGCACUCUCACCCUUCCAACAUCGGAGCCCUGGAUCUGACAUCUGUCAAUACCCCAAAAGACCCGCUGGGCAUGUUAUUCCCGUUCCGUGAGCGUAGUACCAUCAAGAAUACAUCCUGUGACAUCUGUGGGAAGACCUUUGCUUGUCAGAGUGCCUUGGACAUUCAUUAUAGAAGCCAUACCAAAGAGCGACCAUUCAUUUGCACGGCUUGUAACAGAGGUUUCUCCACCAAGGGCAACCUUAAGCAGCACAUGCUAACUCAUCAAAUGAGAGACCUGCCCUCGCAGCUCUUUGAGCCAUCAAAUACCAGCCUGUCGUCCAGCCCGACCCCUUCCCUCCUCUCUGUCUGCUCUCUCAACAAACCGGAGGUCAACGGCUUCCUCCAUGGCCUCCACCCAGAGAACAAGGAUGUUUCCCCAAGCUUGGUCACAUCAUCUGCCUCCACCUCACCAGUACUCUCUGCUGCUCCACCACGCAGGACGCCUAAACAACAUUUCUGCAAUACCUGCGGGAAGUGUUUCUCCUCUUCCAGUGCUCUGCAGAUCCACGAGAGAACCCACACAGGAGAGAAACCUUUUGCUUGCAGCAUCUGUGGUCGGGCUUUCACCACCAAAGGAAACCUCAAGGUUCACAUGGGCACGCACAUGUGGAACAGCGCUCCGGCUAGACGUGGCCGCAGGCUUUCUGUGGACGGGCCAAUGGCCUUCCUGGGCACGAACCCAGUCAAGUUUCCUGAGAUCUUCCAGAAAGACAUGGUAUCGAGAUCGAGCAACGGAGACCCGGCCAGUUUCUGGAACCAGUACGCCGCAGCCUUCUCCAACGGCCUGGCGAUGAAAACAAAUGAAAUAUCUGUCAUUCAGAACGGAGGCAUCCCACCCAUGUCGGGCGGCAUGGGGAACGGGGGGAGCUCUCCUAUAGGUGGCCUCACGGGCAGCCUGGACAAGCUGCACAGCACAGAGCCCAACGCUGCUCUGGCUGGUCUGGAGAAAAUGGCCAACACGGAGAACGGGGCCCACUUCCGGUUCACACGGUUCAUGGAAGACAAUAAAGAGAUUGUCACCAAUUAGAGUGCAUGUAGUCAUGUUGACGUUGGGCACGGACACGCGAACGAUGCCUCGAGGCAUUCUGUACACACACACACACACACACACACCCCCACACACACACACACACACACCCACACACACACACACGAGACAACGAGCAAGGAGGAGAACAAGUCGGGGAUAAAAUCAACUGAAAUCCUUUGCUCACCACUGAAUCUUUACGAACACGAGUGUAAAGACAAGUUGCUUUUUUUGUACAAUGUACAUGUUAUAGUUUUAAGGAGCUUAUUUAUUAGUGAUUAUAAUCUUGCUUGAAAACAAGUGAAAGCAUUAACAGUUAGGUUUCGUUUAUUUUAAAGCCAGAAUGGGUAUGUAUGGGUGCUUUAAAAAAAAAAAAAAGAUGUGCUUUUGAGACUUAGAAAAUCUGGUUAGAUAACCUUACCUUGGCAUUAAGUUAUUUUCUGUCUGUAGUAGCUAUAACCGAACUGUCUAUGUUCAUGUGAUGCAUUAGCCCUGUAAUAAGCAUACAGACUUGCUGUAAAUAAUGUACACUGAUCUCCUGUAGAUGGUCUAACAUCUGUGUGUUCCUCCCCUCCCUUACCCAGACUAAAUAAUGACAUUCAAGCAAGGGACAAAAUGAUGUGGUAGUCCUGUCUUUGCAGUUGUUAUUUACCUUUAUCUUAUUUAAGGAAGACAAAAAUUUGAAGUUUGCUACAUUUUCGAGAAUCUUCUUUAGUGUUGUUUUGCUGUUACAGUCUCUGUGUAAUGUACUUUUUGUUUACUUCCAUAUUUCCCCCCUAUCGCUCUUUUUUUUUCUUUUUUCUUUUUUGUUGCUCAUAUUUUGCUGUUGUUGAGGACAAGACAGUUACUCAGAUGGGAGCAUUCUGUGCGGUUUAUUUUGUAGUUGUUUUUUUUUGUGUGUGUUUUUUUUGGAUCCAAGCAGUCAAUCAUUUGAGAAGGAUUCUCCUUUACUUUCUCAGCUGGAUUUCCACGUUGCUGCUAUGUCCCAGCAUCCUCACUGACAUCAAGUGCGAAGCUAUGUGUUGAGGCUUUUGUAAAUAAGUUCAGAUGUGGAAAUACAAACUCCCCAGCAAAGAAAAUGUACAUAGUACUCACAGGAUAAGUCCAUCAUGGCCCGGGGACAAAAUGAUAGUGUUUUUAUAAAUAUAAAUAUAUAUUGGGUUUCACAACCUUGGACUGUUACAUGCACUUUCUUGGAAAGUUGGAAGAUCUUUAUGGGUCCAGUUUCUCUACACUUUAAUACCUACUAACAACUAAGAUACUGUAAUUCUUUACUCUAAUAAUCAAAUACAUCAGUUUUCCAAAAGAAA